CUAUAAUCUUUGGUCAUCCUCUUAUUGAUAUCUUUACUUGGUCAUUUUUGUUUAGUUCUCAAGCCCCUUUGUUUGGACCAUCUGUGACCUUUGAAAAGAAAUAUGGAUUCUCACACAUCCAAGGCACAAGCUUCUUCACCCAAGACUUUGUGGGAGUUCUCUGCUUGUACUCAAAGGCUCAAUGAAGAAACCAUCUCCUAUUUGCAUCAGUUGACAAAGGACAAUGAACACCUUCGCACAGCCAAUGAGCAAUUGGAAGAGCAACUACAAGACAUGACUAUCAACCGUAAUCUUUACAAGAUUGCCAUGGAGGACAUGUGCUAUCAACUCCAAGUCGAGAAGCAAAAGAACCAAGCCCUUCUUGAAGAGGACAUUGGCCUGCGUGAAAUUAUCAUUGGCAUAGCCGCCUUGGUGUCCCAAUUCGAGGGAAGGAUGGCAGAGACUCAUCACCACAUUGCUCAAAGGACCCAUAUGUGCUACAUGCAAAAAGAAAUUGGAAAAUUCAAGAAGAAGAAAGAAGGGACUCAAUUGAAGAGAUUAAAAGUUGGAGGGUGCGGUAAUAAAAAGCCAUGUUUCAGCACAACUCAUUAUAAAAUAGGCAGAUGUCUUCGUACAAGAUGGAAACGCCGAUGUAAAAUUCUUCUAAUCAUAGCUCCACGGCGAAAGGUCUCCAAAAGGCGGCGUUCUCCAUAUUUGCUCAGAUCUAGAGUAAUCAAAAUGUCAGAGGAAAACAUUGCUGUUAAUCCAGAGAAAUCAGCCGUGGAUGAGAGGGUUGAUAAGUUGGAAGCUACAAUGCAAACUAUGGCUGCUACUCUUCAGACCAUCAGUCUCACCUUGUCCACUUUGACUACUGGUUCGGUUUCUUCGCCUGCAAUACCAGUUCCACCUAUCCCUACCAUCACACCGGGUAGUCGUGCUAAGGAUCCCAUGGUCACACAAUUGCAACUUCCACCUAUUUAUGAGAAUCAGCCUCUAGUGGGGGAGUCAUCUUCACAUGCUCCACAAAUAUCAUCUCUACCCUUUGAAGCCUCAUACCCGCCAUUUGAGAUGAACAACCCUACCUUGCCCACAACCUCACCUCUUAUCCUUAACAUACCACCCUUGAAGGGACAAGUGCCAGCUAUUCAAUCCAACCCCUCGGUUGCGAUGCUAAGGCCUGCUUUAGAGGAUGGAAGGUCAAGAGAGAUGUAUGCCAGGAAGAUGGCACCUUAUGCUAAUGAUGAAAGGGUGCUCAUUCAUUAUUUUCAAGACAAUCUCUCAGGCCCAGCAAGUGUUUGGUUUUCAACACUUGACAAGAAGAAGAUUCGCACUUUCAAGGAUGUUUCUCAAGCUUUUAUGAAGCAAUAUGAGUAUAAUAUGAGUUUGGCCCCAACAAGGGAUAGCUUGCAGAGAAUCACCAAGAAAGGUAAUGAGACUUUCAAAGAAUUUGCUCAAUGGUGGAGAUCUGAAGCAGCCAAAGUCAUUCCACCUCUUACCGACAAUGAAAUUUGUUCUCUCUUUAUCAAGUCAACUACUGGGACCUUUCGUGCAUGGCAAUUAGAGCAAGUCAAGAUGGGAAGCUCGGGAUCUACUUCAAAGAGGUUCUCACCUAAAGGGAAGAAAGAAGAUGAGGAAGCUUUGAGUCACAUUUUCACCAGUGAUGCUAAAUCAGUUUAUAAUGUGGCAAAUGGUCCUUACAAUCGGCAGCCUCAAUCGCAAUACACCUCAACCUUUAAGCCUACCCCCUACCCUCAAAGAAGACCAAAUUUUAAUGCUCAAGCUCUGGUUAGACAACAAUUCCCACCUACAAAUCAACCCAAACAAUUCACUAAACUUCCAAUCCCUUAUAGUGAGGUGUUGAAACAGUUAGUUGAAGUUGGUCUGAUAAGGACAUUGCAAGUGAACCCUAUCCAACCACCUUAUCCGUAUUGGUAUGAUGCACAGGCUAGGUGUGAAUAUCAUACUGUGGCGGGUCAUAGUACUGAGAAUUGUGCAGCUUUAAGACAUAGAAUUCAAGAUCUCAUCGAUGAGGGUAAACUUCAACUUGAUGUCAAAGAAGCGAAGGGUGUUCCAAACAUCACUCAAAACCCUUUACCUCCACAUGAUGCAGGCACAAUGAAUAUGAUCACUUUUAAUGGAGUUGAAAAGCCGAUGAGUUUGAAUGUUCUGCCAAUGAUGAUUGAUGAUGCUGUGAUAUGUCCUUAUCAUUCCAAUAUGAAGGGACAUGCUUUGCAAGAUUGCAAAGAUUUUCAAAGAAAGAUCAAAGAGCUGCAAGGAAUGGGAAUUUUGAGGUUUACAUCUACCCAAGAGGUAGAGAAAUUCAUAGCAUCAGUGACCGGAAAUUACUUCACUAAGGAGAGGCCUUACAUCCUACAAGAUACUACCAAAGCACAAGUCAUCAAUCGGAAUUUGCGGCAGUCUUAUGUUUUGAAAACCUCUCUUAGUGAGUCACUCAUGGGAAAGACAUCCUUUGUGGUUAUGCCUCAACAUUCUACCAUCUUGAAUUCUACAACCAAUGAUGUGUCUAAUAUGACCCGCAGUGGUCAGUGCUAUGUAAGUCCUGAAGUGGAAGAGUCGAGAAGGGCUGCCUUGAAAUCAAAAGGUAUCAGAAUUGAAAAGAUGCCAGAAGAAUCACCCAAGAAGUUCGUGUCAGAAAAUGAAGUGGUGGAAUUUUUGAAUAUUUUGAGGAAGAGUGAGUAUAGCAUCAUUGAACAGCUCAACAAAACCCCUGCAAAAAUUUCUGUUUUAGAAUUGAUGCUGUCAUCUGAGGUCCAUCUUGAUGCAUUGCUCAAAGUCUUGAAAGAGGCCCAUGUGCCUAAGAACAUUGAUACUCAGAAGUUUGGGACUGUGGUUGGGGCAAUUUUAACUCCAAAUUACAUUAAUUUCACUGAUGAUGAGAUUCCUGAUGAAGGAAAUGGACAUACUAAAGCUCUCCAUAUUUCAAUCCAAUGUAAGAUGAUGAAUGUGCCUCACGUGUUGAUCGACAAUGGGUCAGCUUUGAAUGUGAUUCCCAUGAUUGUUUUGAAGCAGUUGAAAGUGGAUGAGUCUCACAUUAAUCAAUGCAAUACAGUGGUUCGUGCUUUUGAUGGAACAAAGAGGAAUGUGAUUGGAAAGAUUGAGCUUCCAGUGGAAAUUGGCCCUGUGACUUUUGAUGUGGAUUUCUUUGUUAUGGAUAUUUCUCCUACUUUUAAUAUGCUUCUUGGGAGGCCUUGGAUACAUGUUGCCGGAGCAGUACCAUCCACCUUGCAUCAGAAGGUCAAAUACAUUGUCAAUGGUGUUCUUGUCACGGUGAAUGGUGAGGAAGAACAUGUCAUCCGAAAGGCUACAACCAUUCCUUACUUGGGACUUGAUCCUGGAACUUAUGAGUCCUCUUAUCACUCAAUGGAGUGUGCUGCUGCUUCUUAUAUACAUUCAAAGUUCAAAGGAAAACGGGCUGAAAUGGCUAAACCAACCAGGGCUGCUGCUAAGAUGAUGCUUGCAUGUCAUUACCAGUUGGGAGAGGGUUUGGGAUUGAAUGGACAAGGAAUUCUCGAACCUAUUGAGGUAAUUCAAGCUUGGGGCACUUUUGAUCCAGAGGGUACUAUUUUCACUGAUAGAUUGCUUGAAAUUGGGGAAUGUUCAAAACAAGCAAAGUAUGAGGAAGUAGUUGUGGAAGACAUCAUGAAUGAAGUUUGUUCUGAUGAUGAGGAAGACAGUUUUGGUUUCAACAACCUCUUUGGGCCAGCCAAAAUGACAGAUCCUAAGGAGAGGUGGAGAAGGAUGCUCACUGAAAGGGCAUUUAUGGAGAAGCACCCCAACUUCCAUCUUGUUCAUCAUGCAAAAGCUCCAAUGGGUUCACAUGAGUCUGUGCUCCUUGAAACAGUGAAGGAAGAAUCACUAUGUGACUCAUGGGGAAAUUUGACUAUAAAUGCUCUAGAUGAGGAAGGACUGGAAUUUGAUAGGGGAAUUUCUCUGGUCAAUGGAAGCUCUCAAGUUAAUUGGACAGCAGAACUUCUCCCUGCAGCUUUCAUCUCCGAGCCUGCUAAUGAUGAAUCUUUAAACAGUGAUGCCAUGCCAGACUUUAUAUAUGAGAUUGAUGAUCAUACCUAUAAAGAAGAAGACAAUGAAAAUCUCGAUCCUUUUCAUGAACUAACUCAAAUGCUAAGACAGGAAAAACCGAAGCUGCAACCAAAUCAAGAGACAGAAACCAUUAAUCUGGGUACUGAAGAUGACAGAAAGGAGAUAAAAAUCAAUGCUCAUCUAUCCUCAGAGGAAAGAAAUGAAUUGAUGGAGCUCUUAUUUGAGUUCCAAGAUGUUUUUGCUUGGUCUUACAAGGACAUGCCGGGACUUGAUCCUGAUAUUGCUGUUCACGCCAUUCCACUCCAUUUUGAGGCCAAGCCAGUCAAGCAAAAGCUAAGGAGGAUGAAGCCAGAGGUUCUGUUGAAGGUCAAAGAAGAAGUGCAAAAGCUGCUAGAUGUCAAUUUCAUUGAAGUAGCUAUGUAUCCGGAAUGGGUGGCUGAGUUAGAGUCUAUAAAAAUGAAGGAGGAGGACAAGCUCAAGACAACAUUCAUCACUCAGUGGGGUACCUUUUGCUACAAAGUUAUGCCUUUUGGACUCAAAAAUGCCGGGGCAACAUACCAACGCUCUGUGAUUACUUUAUUACAUGAUUUUGUGCAUACCAUUGUUGAGCUAUAUGUUGAUGACAUGGUGAUUAUGUCCAAAGAAGAGGUGCUACAUACAGAAAAUCUCAAGAAGGUGUUUGAACGCCUUAGAAGAUACCAACUGAGGCUCAAUCCUGCCAAAUGUACUUUUGAUGUGGAUUCGGGAAAGCUACUUGGUUUCAUUGUGAGCCAUCGAGGAAUAGAGAUUGAUCCAGCCAAAAUAAAAGCCGUUGAUGAAAUGCCACCACCAAAAACCCAAAAGGAAGUCCGAGGUUUCUUGGGUAGAAUUAAUUACAUUGCCCGUUUUAUUGCCAACCUCACCACCAUUUGUGAGCCUAUUUUCAAACUCCUCAGAAAAGACAACCCUCAUACCUGGAAUGCCCAAUGCCAACAAGCCUUUGACAAAAUCAAAGAAUACCUCAAAAACCCACCAAUCCUUGUGCCACCAACUGAUAAAAGGCCUUUCAUCCUAUAUAUCACUAUCCUUGAAAAAUCCAUGGGAGCAGUCCUUGUCCAACAUGAUGACUCAGGCAAGAACGAAAGGGCCAUCUAUUAUGUGAGCAAGAAGUUCAAUGAUUGUGAAAGUAAAUACUCACACUUAGAAAAGACUUGUUGUGCCUUAGCUUGGACAUCCAAGAAACUUCGCCACUACAUGUUAACCAACACCACUUACCUACUUUCAAGAAUGGAUCCCAUAAAAUUCAUUUUUGAAAAACCUACCCUUUCUGAAAGAAUCUCUCGAUGGCAUAUGCUGCUUUCUGAAUUUGAUAUUGUUUAUACAACACAAAAGGCCAUCAAAGGGCAAGCAAUUGCAGAUCAUUUAGCCGAACAUGCGGCAGAGGAUUAUGAGCCUAUUGAUUGGGAUUUUCCUGAUGAGGACAUUUUGGCAGUGGAGGCAGAAUCUGAUAAUUGGAAGCUCUUCUUUGAUGGAGCUGUUAACCAACUUGGUUGUGGCCUUGGAGCCGUGUUGGUAUCCCUAAAGGGUGAGCAUUUUCCUAUUGCUAUAAAGCUUGAUUUUGCUUGUACCAACAACGUAGCCGAAUAUGAAGCUUGCAUUGCAGGAAUACAUGUUGCUUUGGAUAUGAAUGUCCGAGAUUUGGAGAUAUAUGGUGAUUCAGCACUAAUCAUAUGUCAAACAAAUGGUGAUUGGCAAACCAAGGACCCAAAGCUUAUUCCCUAUCACCAAUAUCUUGAAACUCUCAUCAAGAAAUUCAGAUUCAUCUCUUUAAACCAUAUGCCCCAUGCUAAGAACCAAUUCGCGGAUGCUUUGGCUACUUUAGCCUCCAUGAUCCAAAUCUCCAAUGAUGAUGUAAUCAAACCUUUAAGGAUUGAAAUUAGUCAAGAACUAGCACAUUGCAUGGAAAUCAAGGUUGAUGACAAACCAUGGUUUCAUGAUAUUAAACAGUUCUUGCAAAAUGGGGAACACCCUCUACAUGCUUCUGAGGUGAACAAGAAGACAAUCAAAAAAUUGGCAGCUUCAUACUUCUUGAGCGGAAAUACAUUGUAUAAGCGCUCUGCUGAUAUGACCUUGUUGAGAUGUGUUGAUGAGACAGAAGCAAAACAAGUCAUGACUGAGGUCCAUGAAGAGAUAUGUGGGACACAUGCAAAUGGAAGAAUGCUUGCUAGAAAAAUUCUCUGGGCUGGGUAUUAUUGGUUGACUAUGGAACAUGAUUGCAUCAAAUAUGCACGAGCUUGUCACAAAUGUCAAAUCUAUGUUGAUCAUAUUAAUGCUUCGCCUUCAUUACUGCAUAAAAUGUCCGCUCCUUGGCCAUUCUCCAUGUGCGGCAUUGAUGUGAUUGGGGCAAUUAAUCCUAAAGCUUCCAAUGGUCAUCAAUUCAUCUUGGUUGCUAUUGACUAUUUUACCAAAUGGGUAGAAGCAGCAUCUUAUGCUAGUGUUACAAAGAAGGUGGUCACUCGCUUCAUCAAAAGAGAGAUCAUCUGCAGAUAUGGGCAACCAGAGGCCAUCAUUACUGAUAACGCAAGCAAUUUGAACAAUGAUAUGAUGACUGCACUAUGCAAGCAAUUCAAGAUCAAGCAUUUGAACUCUUCUCCAUACCGACCAAAGAUGAAUGGUGCAGUGGAAGCUGCCAACAAGAAUAUCAAGAAGAUUCUAGCUAAAUUGGCAGUCACUUACAAAGAUUGGCAUGAAAUGUUGCCAUAUGCUCUCCAUGCUUAUAGAACCUCUGUUCGCACUUCAACUGGGGCACCACCUUAUUCCUUGGUAUAUGGAAUGUAGGCAGUAUUACCAAUUGAGCUAGAAAUCCCUUCUAUGAGAAUCUUAUCCGAGUCAGGGAUUGAUGAAGAAGACUUGAUUCAGAAAAGGAUAGAUUAUCUCAAUUUGCUUGAUGAAAAAAGAUUGGCAGCUCUUUGUCAUGGCCAAUGCUAUCAGCGACGAAUGGCAGCAGCUUACAACAAGAAAGUCAAACCUAGAAU